CACACACACACACACACACACACGCUCGUGUCCACCUCCUACUCCUUCGUGCAGCCUUGCCUGGUCGAGAGCGCGAGAGAAGAAGGAUGAAAAAGGAGUAGAAAUAAAGGGCAAGAGUGUCUUAUUUGAAUUCCCAGCGAAUGGAGAAGGCGUCACACCGCAGGACGGAGGAGAGGAAGAGACGCAUCACCGGGACGGAGAGAGAGAGAGAGCGAGAAGGCUGAGGGAGGAGGAGGCAUAGGAGGCGACAACGGGUUAUAAACACGACGGGGAACGACGAGUUGGACGUCAGACAGCGGCGAUCAACCCCCCACCCACCAGCCCUCGCCGCCGCCGCCACCUCCGGGUCUCUCCAUCUCCAUCCUCCCCUCGCUCCCGUCUUUUUUUUUCUUUUGCGCACCGGAGCGGCUCCGUGUUUGAAUUGCUUUGUUGACAAACUGCAGAAUUAAACAGGAGGAGGAGGACAGGAUCCUCCGUGAAGAGAGGGAGGCUCCAGCAGUCGUCGGGACGAUCAUCGGCGCAUCUGAUGAAAAGAGGAGGAGGAGGAGGUAGAGGAGGAGGUGAAGGAGAAGGCAAACACUACAAGAUGACUGAGUGAGGGGGAGACCGGUUAUUACCGAAUCACCAGCAUCACCAACGCGAUGGCAUAAGGACUCCUGCACCAGACCCAGACUCAGACCCAGCGGAUCAGCUCUCAUCCACCAUGAACCUCUGAAAAUAUCUCACACAAGCACAGAUGGGCAGCAUCUUAAGCGAGGACGGAGGUCACAACAUUAGACUGGCAGGGACUGGUGAGCACAUUGGAAUAGUUUCUACAGUCAUGCCUUGGCUUAGAGCUGCCGGCCCACCCACACGAUGCCUGAGGUUCCUGUGUUUGAUGAAAAUGCGGCGGCACAGAGUGUUCUUGCUCUGCACGGUGGGCCUGUGCGUCAUCUCCUUCCUCCACUACUACAAGGCCCUCCACUAUGUCUCCCUGCUGCGUGAGCUCUCCGCCCCGUACCCCAACAUCAAGUCCUUCAUCAUGGUCACGGGCUUCUUCUGGAGGGAGAAAGGCGUGGGCACCACCCCGCUCAGCCCGGCCUCCCCCGAAGAGGCGCCACCCUUACCUGUGCUCCGUCAAUCGGACACUAAAGAUAAAGGUUUGGGUGGAGGAGGGGACGGAGGAGGGAUGGGGCUUGGCGGGGUCGUAGUUGGAGGUCCUGGGAUUGUUGGCAGAGCGGGACUGGAGAUCAGGCUGAGGGAGGAACCUGCACCUCCUCACCCCUGGGAGGAACCAAAAGAGAACCAGCGGGGAGACUCUCCAAACCAGGAGAGAGCCCCCAGCCAUCACACUCAAGCUGCCAGGCUAGAUCUCCCACAGGUCCUAAAGGAAAGAAGCCAACACAAGGCGGUGUUCCUCAAAGAUCAGCUGCAGGAACCUUUGGAACUCGUGGAAGAUCUUUCCACGCGCACAUACCAGCUACAAGACGACAAAACCCCUUACUUUGUCCGAACCAAAGCUGGAGCUCUUUGCUUCAGGCAGGGGACAGAGGUCGCGACCCCAAAGGAGUACUCUGCAAGAUCGGGGAGCAUUGUCGCCAAUGGAGUUGGGGAAGGUUCUCGGGUUGGGCAACGGAAAACUCUGGAGGUGCAGCAGCCGUCCACUAUAGCGCCCAAAGCCAAGAUGAGGCCCAGAGGCAAUGGGAAGCGGUUGGUUAAGUGCGUGUGUCGGCCUGGAUGGCACGGACCUUACUGUGGAGUGCCCACCAUGGUGUAUCACUCCAACCUGCCAACCAAGGAGAGGCUGACGCCAAGAGAGACGCCACGGAGGGUGAUCAACGCCAUCAACGUCAACCACGAGUUUGACCUCCUGCAUGCGCGCUUUCACGAGCUUUCCCACGCCGUCGACGUGUUUCUCAUAUGUGAAUCCAACUUUACUGCCUACGGAGAGAAGCGGCCUUUGAGUUUUCUUCAGCGACUCCUCAAUGGUACGUAUGACUACAUACGUCACAAGAUCCUCUACGUGUUCCUCAACCACUUCCCAGAAGGCGGGCGGCAGGACGGCUGGAUCGCCGACGACUACUUGCGCACAUUCUUGACGCGCAACGGCAUGUCCAGGCUGGUCGGCAUCAGGCCGGACGACGUGUUCGUCAUCAACGACGCCGACGAAAUCCCGGCACACGAGGGCCUCCUCUUCCUCAAGCUGUACGACGGCUGGACAGAACCGUUUGCCAUCCACAUGCGAAAGUCGCUGUACGGAUUUUUCUGGAAGCAGUUCGGCUCUCUGGAGGUGGUUUCCGGCUGCACAGUGAGGAUGCUGCAAGAACUCUACGACAGCGACGGCAUCAAGCUGCGCCGGCGCGAGUACUACACGAUGCCAGGUUUCCGCAAGUACGAGAACGACACGGGCCACAUCCUGGUGCAGUGGUCAGUGGGCAGCCCCUUCCACUUUGCCGGGUGGCACUGCUCCUGGUGCUUCAGUCCGGAGGGGAUCCACUUCAAGCUGGUGUCGGCGCAGAACGGAGAUUUCCCACGUUGGGGGGACUAUGAGGACAAGCGGGACCUCAACUACAUCCGCGAUCUGAUCCGGACGGGGGGCUGGUUCGACGGCUCCCUGCAAGAGUACCCUCCCGUGGACCCCAAAGAGCACAUGUACGCGCCCAAGUACAUGCUGGAGCACUACGACAGAUUCCGCUACCUCCUCGAGAACCCGUACAGCAGAGCGUCCAGACUGAUCGAGCACUAGGAGGGGCCCGCUGGGCCAAAAAACAAACAAACAUGUGAAAUAACCAGAUGGGGGGGGGCCCCCCCACUUGAGGCCUCUCAGCACUAAGUUGCGGUGUGAGCAGAAUGGUACUGAUGAACUCUCUCAUUGGACAGAUACUGCUCCAGGUAUCUCCACCAGGCAGCACUGAUGUUGCAGGGAUUUAAAAUCUCCUCGAAAUCUUUUUUUGUUGGAUCAUAAAGGGAACACUGAAUCACAUCCACCAUGGAUUUAUGGAGAACGCAUAUUAUAGGAUACAAUCACUGGAUUAAACACAAUUAUAGAUUUCCUCAUUCCUCUCCUUUUUUGGGGGCAGGGAGUCAAGCUAUCUCUCUUUUUGUCACCCCAGCCCUGUUCCCCCUCCCGCCUUGUCUCUUCCAUCAGUCCACCCCAACCCCCCCCCCCCACCCAAUCUGAUUGAAAUCACCCGCCAUAUAAGAGAAAAAGGGGCGUUUUGGAACCUGUGGAGCGGAGUAACUUAAGAGUUUUGUUUUAUUUCCUGUCUUGUGUUUACUAAAGUUUACGAACUUCACUCUCUCCACCUUCAGAUGUCUUCCUGUCAUACUCGGUGACCUCAUUCCAGACACAGGCAAGCGCUCGGUAAUUAUCUUUGUAUUUAAAUAUAACAAAAACAAAAACCCUGAGGGAUUUCCCCCUUCGCCAGAGGAUAGUGUUGUGACUCCUCCGUGGAGAUGCAAUGAGCUCGGGCUCAUUCAUGUAUUCAUACAUACACAUGCACCUUAGACCAGCCUGAGUGUUUGUGUGUGUGUGUGUGUGUCAUUACUGUGAGGUAUUGGGUUGUGAAGGAGGGGAAGUAGAAAGCCAGUCAGGGGAAAUAAAUAGUGAAACGGAAGCAUCGGGGAGGGAUAAGGAAGAAUGUGAGAUGAGGAAAAACUGUGCAAGAGUCGGAGCGGGAAAGAAAGGAGGAUAAUGAGGGAGGAAGAGAGCGUGGAUGAAAAGGAGACGCUCUCGACGUUCCCUUCCCCGCGGCGUCUGCUGACGCAUGAGGGAUGUUGCAGCAUUGAGUGUGUGUGUGUGUGUGUGUUCCCUCAGUGCUUAUAGAUAGUUCUGAAUAAAUAAUACCCCGUCAAUGUCAUGUGAGACACACGACACUCGCUGCGGAGAAGUUUCGGCCUUCAGUUUUGUCUCGGUUCAGUUUUUUGCAGCUUUGUCGACGUUCAGAAAACAUAUGUUGUUUCACGGCUACAGUUUUGUCUCACUGUCCGUCUGGAAGCUGGAAUGACUUUGUUUCCUUGGAAACUAAAGUAUAGUUAGAGACGGGUGGGGUUCAGGUGUGAAGCUGCAGCUUUUAGAUAAGGUCAAUCCUGACUUUAUCUCGCCCCGGUUAAAUAUUCCUCCUCUCGCUGUCAUUGGCCCGUUCACUCAGAGACACUUCCGAGCUUCUUUUUCCUCAUUUUGUCCCUCGUGUGCUUGUUUGCUCUUAAUUCUCCUGUCUUCAGUUCGUCUUUUUUCACACAUUCUUUCUCUCCACUACUUUGUAUUUUCUCAUCCUUCGCUACACACACACACAUAUAGAAACACUGGCUCUCACACUUCACUUUGGGUGUGUGUCUAUUUCCACUUAAUCCCCACAAGAAUUUCCACCCCCAUUUCAACAAAAAGGGGGUGUUUUUUUAUCCUCACUCCUGCCUCGUUUCUCUCCCCUCCGUCACUGUAGGACAGGGCUGCCGUCGCCAUGGCAAUGCCCGCAGAUCACUAUUGUCUGACCAUUUAGGCAUGAGCACUCCUGCCUUUUGUCUUCGCCCUGUCGUUAAAAAAAAAAAAGAAAGGCGGCAGUCGAUGUGGCUGGAAACAACCGGAACUGUCCAUGAUUUGGCAAUCGUGUGUGUGUGUGUGUGUGUGUGUGGGGGGGGGGAGCAGGGUUGCAUUCCUGUCAAGGGCAAGGAAAUCACAGCAGCAAUAUUUCCAGUGAACACACAGCAGAUAAGUGCUGAUCAGAAGCAGUAAACACGAGGAUGUCUCUCCCGACAGCUGACUGACAA